GGGAACCGCGGGCGGUGCCGCGGCGCAAGCGCCGGAAGCGGAGAGGCGACGAAGGGACGUCGCGUCGCUGAGGCAGGUCUCGAGCAGCUGCCGGAGCGGCCGAGGGAGCGUCGCCGCUGCACCAUGGCCGAGAGCGACUGGGACACCGUGACGGUGCUGCGCAAGAAGGGCCCCACGGCCGCACAGGCCAAGUCCAAGCAGGCCAUCUUAGCUGCUCAGAGACGGGGAGAAGAUGUGGAGACCUCCAAAAAAUGGGCUGCUGGGCAGAACAAGCAGCACUCGAUCACCAAGAACACGGCCAAGCUGGACCGGGAGACAGAGGAGCUGCACCAUGAUCGGGUGACCCUGGAAGUGGGCAAAGUGAUCCAGCGGGGCCGGCAGAGCAAGGGGCUGACGCAGAAGGACUUGGCUACGAAAAUCAACGAAAAGCCACAAGUCAUUGCAGACUAUGAGAGCGGACGGGCCAUUCCAAAUAACCAGGUUCUGGGCAAAAUCGAGAGAGCCAUCGGCCUCAAGCUCAGGGGCAAGGACAUCGGCAAGCCCAUCGAGAAGGGCCCUCGGGCGAAAUGAGCACAAAGCCUCGAAACAGUGCGUUCCGGCUGAGCCGUCUUGGCUGGGUCCCUGACACCAGCACUGACAUGGCCACGCAUGGCCCUGCGGAACAGGUCAGGCCCGUGGCCGACCCACCUGCUGUCAAACAAAGAGAAACCUUGUGAA